UCCAGCCGUUAGUGAGGAAGGCUACUGCGGAUAUUACGGCAAUUUCUACAGAGUAGAACAGAUAAACAAACAUGUAAUAUUAUACCUAAGACAUUUAUUCAAUCAAAAUCCAUCCUAUCUUCAUCCUAUAAAUUUUCCUCGAAUUUCUCGCAGCGUCGUCACUUUUUACAGCGACUGGUGAAAGAAAUUACUCUUCUUUCGAGCAAAACGAAGUUGUCUUGCCAAAAGAAGGACGAUGGGUGGAAAAAUGGCGUGAAACGAUGAGCUUUACCGCAUUCUUUAUCUGACUGCUGUCAGAGACAAGUGUCUGUGAUCAUCCCUAAAUCCAAAGGGAGACUGUCAAGACUGAUUUGCUCCUAAGUUCACUUGAAUUAGACGUCUAAAGUCAUGGCUUGGGCUCUGAAACUACCUCUGGCCGAUGAGGUGAUUGAGUCUGGUCUUGUCCAGGACUUUGAUGCCAGUCUGUCAGGGAUCGGGCAAGAGCUUGGAGCUGGUGCUUACAGCAUGAGUGAUGUGCUAGCUCUCCCAAUCUUUAAGCAGGAGGAGUCGAAUUUACCUCCGGAAAGUGACAAUAAGAUCCUUCCUUUCCAGUACGUACUGUGUGCCGCCACCUCUCCUGCCGUCAAACUACAUGAUGAGACGCUCACCUACCUCAAUCAAGGACAGUCUUAUGAGAUUCGAAUGCUGGACAAUCGAAAAAUGGGGGAGCUUCCUGAGAUCAAUGGUAAAAUGGUGAAGAGCAUCAUCCGUGUCGUGUUUCAUGAUCGCCGCCUUCAGUACACUGAACACCAGCAGCUGGAGGGCUGGCGCUGGAACAGGCCGGGAGACAGAAUCCUUGAUUUAGAUAUCCCGAUGUCGGUAGGGGUGGUCGAUCCCAGGGCAAACCCUACACAGCUCAACACUGUGGAGUUCCUCUGGGACCCCUCGAAAAGGACCUCUGUGUUUAUUCAGGUCCAUUGUAUAAGCACAGAGUUCACUAUGCGUAAGCAUGGAGGAGAGAAGGGAGUGCCGUUCCGUAUUCAAAUCGACACUUUCAAGGAAAACGAGGCAGGGGAGUACACCGAGCAUCUGCACUCUGCCAGCUGCCAAAUCAAAGUUUUUAAGCCUAAAGGUGCGGACAGAACAAAAACAGACAGAGAAAAAAUGGAGAAACGAGCGCCGCAGGAAAAGGAGAAAUACCAGCCUUCAUAUGAAACCACCAUUCUCACUGAGUGCUCUCCAUGGCCUGAGGCUACAUAUGUCAACAAUUCUCCAUCACCAGGUUUCAACAGCACCCACAACAGCUUUCCUGUAAAUGAGGGAAAUGGUUCACCCAAUCACCAGCCGGAGCCUGUGGCACAGUUAGCAGAUUUGUCGUGCCAUCUACUUAGAAGAGACAGUGAAAGCAAUCAGAAUCUGUUGCCAACGGCAACGCCACAGGAAGCACAGCAGUGGCUCCAUAGAAACCGUUUUUCACCAUUCUGCCGUCUCUUCUCAAACUUCUCGGGGGCCGAUCUGCUAAAACUGACCCGUGAGGAUGUCAUCCAGAUCUGUGGACCUGCUGAUGGUAUUCGGCUAUUUAAUGCACUCAAAGGACGGGUUGUCCGUCCAAGGCUUACCAUCUAUGUGUGCCAGGAGUCCCAACAGGCUCGUGAACAGCACCAGAAACAUGAGAACGGAGACGGGUCUAGCAACACUUUCUUUGUGUAUCAUGCUAUCUAUCUGGAGGAGUUAACAGCUGUGGAAUUGACGGAAAAGUUGGCUCAGCUCUUCAGUAUCUCUCCACGCCAGAUCAGUCAGAUCUUCAAGCAGGGGCCCACUGGUAUCCAUGUGUUAGUCAGUGAUGAGAUGAUUCAGAACUUUCAAGAUGAGAUGUGUUUUGUCCUGGACACGAUGAAAGCCGAAACAAACGAUGGCUAUCACAUCAUUUUGAAGUGAAAACAAAGAAUGAGGGGGAGUGAACAGGCCCCUUAUGUUUUUCUUAAGAUUCAACCCACAGCCCCUUCCCUGCACACUUCCUGGACCUUACCGAAGAUCGUCUGGCUUGGAAUAACGAUCAUGGGAAAAGGAAAAAAGGCACCUGACCCAUUUUGAAACCUGUAUUGUAUUAUCUAUGGAGUGUGUGCUGCCUUUUUCCACCCCUUUCCAUUUACAUUGCAAAAUUUCUAUUUUACUAACUUCCUAUGCAUCAAUUUGCUUUGUUUCCCUUUUUAAACCAGAAAAGAAGUUUAUAAUGUGCUACGGCCUUACCACUUCAAAUAGAGAGAAUUGGCUGGCGUUAAUUACAGUAUUGUUUGGUGUUGUCUACCUGGAUGUCGCCCCAUGAGCAUUUUAGCUGCAUAUGCUAGAGUCCCAUGUCACAGAGAUCCAUGGUAGGCCCAGAGAUUUCCAGGACACUUAUGAAAUUGCCUCUGUUCAUGAUGAACGUCAGUUCUCUCACCUGUGAGGAAAACAUAGGCAGUCCCAUUGUCAUAUUGUCCCCCUCAUUUUUACAGAAACGGUUUAGAGAUGGACUGAAUGAAAGGAAUUCGCUCUAUACUGCCACUAUUAUCAAGUUCAGUUUUUUGGCAGGUUCACGGCGAGCAGCUUGACUAACGCAUUGCUGCGUGAAUCAUUUGUUUUUCGUAUGUUAAUUGUUGAUUUCUUAAGCCUUGUGGACGCAACUGUGACUGUUGGGCAUGAUAUUAGGUUCUGUAGCUUUGAUCCCUGAUGAUUUUUUAAGUGUUGCUGCAAAUGUACGUUAUUUUACAGACAGGGGUUGAACAGCAGCAGUGGGCAUUAUAUAUGUGCGUCUUUAUAUUUUAUUUUUAUAACAUUGUGCUUAACACCUCUCCCCCCUUUAGUUUUUUUCAUCGUUGCAUAUACUAGAAUAGUUUUUACAAAUGUCAGACUUGCCAGAGCACUAUUUUAUGGUAUAAGAGAGAUCAUGUUUUACUUUCUGUUUGUUUCCUUUUGGAUAUGACCACUGAUGUACUAAUCUUUCAGGUUGGGUAAAGGGGAGAAAUCUUGCACUGCAUGAGAAAUGGUAGCCGUGGUUAGUGCUAGACGCAAACCAGACCGAGUUGGUAAAGACGUGAGGUAUUGUCUGUUGUGACCCUUUACCGUGUCAUUGCAAUGAUUAAAAUGACUUACCU